AUGCCCAGGGACAGACCGCGCUGUGCCCUUUCUAUCUCUCAGAUAAACAUCUGUGGUGUGAGCCGGAACCGAGUCCUCCCAGAAGCCCAGGCCAACAAUGUGAAGAAGAUCGUACCACGCCCUUUAUCCAGGGUGAAUGGCUGGUCACCGCCCCUCCACUCCUUCCAGGCAAUAUCCUGGACCACCUCUCUGGUCAUUUUCGUUGCUGCCUUUGGGAUCUUCAUCCCCUUUCUGCCAAGGAGCUGGAAAUACGCUGCCUAUGUUGUAUCCUUUGUGCUACUGAUGGGUGGGUUGUCCUUGUUCCACCUCAUCGUGCACUUGGUCGCAACUACCAUUGAUCCAGCUGACACCAAUGUCCGACACAAAAAGGACUACUCGGAGCCUGUGCCGACCUUCGACCGGUCCAAACACGCACACGUGAUCCAGAACCAGUACUGCAACCUGUGUGAGGUUACUGUGAGCAAGAAAGCCAAGCAUUGCAGCUCCUGCAACAAAUGUGUCUCUGGCUUCGACCACCACUGCAAAUGGCUGAACAACUGCGUGGGCAGCAGAAACUACGGGUUCUUCUUCUGCUCUGUGGCCUCAGCGGCAGUUGGCGUGCUUAUCGUGAUGGUUAUCUUGCUGUACGUCUUCAUCCAGUACUUUGUCAACCCCGACGAGCUUCGCACAGACCCUCUGUAUAAAGAAAUCAGCGCUGAGAACAUAUGGCUGCUGUUCCUCCCACUGUGGCCUGUGCCUGUGAAGACCCCUGUAGUCCUGUUCAUCCUAGUGGUGGUGUUCCUGCUAGCCACUGCCAGCUUUGUGCUGCUCGGGCACCUGCUCAUUUUCCACUUCUACCUGAUUGCCAAGAACCUGAGCACAUUUGACUACAUGAUGCAGCCCCGAUUCCAGAGGAAUUCACACUCAGAAAAGAAAGAGCUACCUCUACGGAAAAAGGGGAACCUUUCCCAGGAAAAGAGUAGUAACUUGAACUGGUCUCAAUGCUCACCGAGGAUGGAGUCCCGGAAGUUCCUGUUGUCUGCUCUUCCACCGAAGUCAAAUACGGGUUUCAUAGCUCCAGCUCCAAAGACUCCUCCACAGUAA